AUGUCCAUCCUAGAACCAUUGGCUGCUAUCCUCAUCCCUGAGAUAAGAGACCUUAUUGAAGCAACCCGUGCCCAAACCCAAGUCACCCUUGCCCUUCAGGAUGAAUGUUGUGUCAGCAACCAAGCCGUUGUAGCCCUUCAGGCCAAAUGUUGUGCCACCAACCAAGCCGUCGUUGCACUCCAGGAGGAAAGUCGUGCCACCAACCAAGCCAAAUCACCAACACCCAGCUCAAUCUUGGCCGAGAGAUGGCAGAUCACUUUGGCAUCCCUGCUCUGCAAGUCCCCGCUGGCCGCGCACCAGGCCGACUAG